GAUCAAGCCGAAAUUUGGAUAUCGAUAUGCGAAUCGGUGUGCAUUCUGGUUCUUUGAUGGCCGGUGUGAUGGGUGCUGCAAAGCUACAGUACGACGUUUGGGGAGAAGAUGUUAUAAUUGCUGGUAUAUUGGAAUCUACCGGACGACCAGGCCACAUUCACAUAAGCGAAAGGACUAGCAAAAUGUUAAUCGAUAACCCCUAUGAGCUUCUUCCUGGCACAGAGAAGGCUCUCCAACAUCCUCAUCUUGCAAGUAAAAACAUUAAAACUUUUCUUAUUGCGGCACUUGAUUACAAAAUAGUCCUGAGACAAGAGCAGUCUUCUCAAGCUCUGGAAACGAUCCAAGAUCUAGAAAUGCAAAAAAAAGAGGCGCUGCGGAUUGAGUUUGAUAAGCUGCCUGUCGGCUCGUUCCACGUCAAGAAUAAGUUUACAACAAUAUUUCGGAAGAAAAGUCGUACCGCCAGUACAGAGCGUGCUACUACACGCCCACAAAUAGGAUUUUUGUUUUUGAACUUUCGCGAUUCCCGAAAAGAGUUGAACUAUAUGAAACAGCCCGACUACAUGUUGAGAUAUAGCGUUCUGUUAGCUUGGUUUGCUGGAGUAUUUCUAGUGUAUCUUGUUAAUAUAAGCCACAAAGCCAACAAGACCAGCGUCAACAACAAUAUUAUUGUUAUGGUGUUACUGACUACGCCGGUGAUCAUCUUGUGGUUCAAGAAGGCUUGCCAUUGGCGAUAUGGGAAUGUUCCACAUAACUUUACAAAAUGCAGUUGCUUCAUUUUCAAGACAGCCGAGUGCAUACAGUCUAGCCUCAUCAUUCGAAUGGGCAUUUAUAUGAAUAUGAUUGUGUGCUACUUCUGGCUUAUUUUUCAGGUCCUGAAAGAAUGUGACUACGAUGAAUUCCACCUCCAACUUAUCGAGAGUAAGCUAUACCAUUAUGAAAUGGAUAAAUACAAGUGUUUUUAUUCUUGGGAUCUCACAAACAUGAUGUCUCUCAUGAUUGCCUUAAGCAUAAUAUUCACACGAAUUCCCUGGAUGGUGAAGAUCAUAGUAAGCGUAUUAGAAGGAACUACAUAUAUGAUAAUUAUGUUUAUUCAAUUCGAAUACGUAAUUAAUCGAAGUAGUACAACCAAUCCCUACUUUGAUUCAGAAUACGCGCACGGCUUCAAGAUUAUGGCUACGUUAGGAUGUCUCUACUUCAUGGAACGGCAGGCUGAGUUCAAUAGCCGGGUCAACUAUAACUGGAAGUUGGAACUGCUCAAAAAACAGAAUGACGCUGUCAUCACUAAUAAAUCGAUAACUAUUCUGCUGCAGAAUAUUUUACCUGCUCAUGUCGUCAACAUAUAUCUGACGUCAUUGGCGAAGCACCAGCUUUAUGCUGAAAACUACAAAAUGGUGGCGGUGAUGUUCGCUUCCCUCCAGGACUUCAAAAUGGACGUGCGCAAUUUGCGUAUUCUGAACGAGAUCAUAAGUCAAUUCGAUAAAAUA